AUGGCCAUCGCGCUCCUCGUGCAUGUUUGCGCUGCAGAGCACGCAAGGUCAGAUGUGACGGGGCACGCCAGGGGUGGCCAUGCAGCAAUUGUACGUGGCAUCAAUGCGAGUGCAAGGUCGGAAGCCGAAAGAAUAAGUAUGCUGGUAAAAAGUACCGGUAAGACACCUUUUCUUCCCUACACGUUUCAUGGUAGCAGCCCCAUUGAGCUCGUCAAAAAUCUCAAUCGCACUGGGAUAACUGCCCUUUUGGGUACUCAAGACCGGGCAGUAAAGGCGAACAAUGACUCGGUUAUCUUCCCACAAAAUGAGCACCGAAACAACGUUCCUAGGCCAGGGCCAUCACCUGACAAGUGUCGUAAUCGAGAAUUGAUUUGUAUUUGCCCGGAAACUAAGGCGUUUUCUGCAGCAAGUUGCGUUGAUCCCUCUGUUCUGAGUUCCCCACCAGGACAGGCAUAUCAUGUAUAUGAUGGAUCCGAAGAAUGCGCCCAGCCACCAUCUGUUGUUGAACUGGAACCGUUUCUGAUUCCACUUCCCCAACGAAUACGAACAGACGACAUUGCCUAUCUCAAAUCAAGAGGUGCCCUUGCAAUACCACCUUUACAAAUCAGAGAUGCUCUGCUCCGCUCAUACUUCACCUAUGUUCACCCUUUCAUGCCUGCCAUUGACAUGGACGAGUUCCUUAGAGCUAUAGAGUAUGGUGGAAAGAAUCAAAGGAUCAGCUUCCUCUUAUUCCAAGCUGUGAUGUUUGCAGGGGCUGCAUGCACCCCGAUGUGCUACUUAGAAAAGCUGGGGUUUAGCUCUCGUAAAGGGGCACGAGAAGAGCUUUUCAUUCGAGUUCGGUUGUUAUAUGAUUUGGAUUACGAGACCGAUCGACUUGCACUGGUCCAAUCUCUCCUGCUCAUGACUCUAUGGUACAAGUCACCAGAAGAGCAUCGAAAUACCUGGCACUGGCUCGACGUCGCUAUCUCUCAAGCCUUUGCAAUGGGUCUUCAUCUGGAUCCGGACGAAACAACACUUUCCCAUAGAGAGUGCAUUUUGCGCCGAAAGGUCUGGUGGUCGUGUUAUGUUACUGAUAGACUAGUGUCUCUCAACAUAAAACGUCCCCCGAGGAUCCGAGACGAUGACUUUCACGUCACAAUGCUGCUCGGAACCGACUUUCAACCCAAUCUUCCAUUAGAAGACUGUCAAGUUCGAUUGAACGAUAUGUGUCCUUACGUCGCAGACACAAAGUUACGUUCAACACUGGGUGGACUAUUCGUCGAACUUGCAUGUCUCUGUCAACUCAUGGAUCCCAUUCUUCGACUACAUCGCUCUAUACAGCUCGGCGAGAAUAACACAUUGCUAUCCUGUAACUCUGAGAAAACCAAAUUCAACGGUUUUCGACUGAUCAGCAUCCAAAACCUAUCGGCCUUGAAGCAAAAGAUGACAGAAUGGAUCGAUUCAACGCAGAGUAUCUGCAACUACGAACCCUCAACAGGUUCUGAGUUUACUUAUACCACUUACUUACAACAAACCGCUCUUCGUUUGACCUUUCAAGCCGUGAUGCUACAAGCACACAGGUUAACAAUUAUUCUAUCUGAGGAGCAUGAUGACUACGCAGAAGCUGAAGAGGCAAAGAGCGGCAUACUCGAUUCCGCAAGACAGAUCUCUAAUCUGGCUAGCGAAGUUGUCGAGAAGGGACUUUGCAGCUUUCUCCCGGCUUCUAUCUUGGGGGUUUUAGUGAAUGCGACAGCAGUAUUUAUAAAAAGCAUUAUGGAUCCUGGUGAACCACGAAAGUCAGAAUCGGAAGAGCGGUUCAUGCAAUGCCUGGAAGCCAUCACUAUAAUGGAAGAAAUAUACGAACCUGCCAGAAUGGCAAGGCAGACUAUCUCUUGGGCUCUAGUAGGACCUUGGAAUGCCAGCAAACUCUCCAGUAUAGAGAUGAAUCAAGCUGAAGUUAUGCUCGCUCAUCAAUCACAAACGCCUUACUCAAAGGGAGAGUCUAGCAGUCCAGAUAGCCUUACCAGCCAUGACACAGAAACGAACACUCCUUCAAUAGCGACAAGUUUAUGGUCUUCAGAUCUCGACCACACAGGAGAGUUCGGCACUGUUUUGAAGGCGUGGGGCUUCAUAGCCAAUGAGGAAGUGAUGAUAGAGCAUCAAGAGGCAGAAAUAGACGGGCUCAGUGCGAUAUCGAUGGAAGGGUUAGGUGUCUUGAAUGACUUUUUUUUGUCAAUUGAGUUUAGAAAGCUGUCUUAUAACACGCGUAGUACAUAG